AUGACUGUAUUAAAUAAACAAGGUAAUCUUAGUCGAGAAAUGAUGUCUUAUUGUAUCAGUGAAUUAUCAUCAGAAAUUUCUAUGGAAAAUAAUGAUAAUUUAUCAAAAUUUACCUUUGAAGAGCUAUCAAAUGAAAAUAUAACAAGUGAACAAUUAUAUCUUUGGUCAAUACCGUUUGAUAUUAUUGAAUAUUAUCAAUUAUAUUUAAAUGAAUUGUUAUUAUUUAAUAAAUCAUCUUUAUCUCAAGAAAUCUUAUACAAUUGUACAUUUCCAAGAUUUGGUUCGAUGUGUCAAUAUGAAUUUGAUCAUUAUAAUCGAAAACAUUCAUCAUUAAUUGAAAUUAUUGAUGAUUUUUAUUUGACAUACGAAUAUAAAAUGAAUAAUUUAACUUGUUAUACUCAUUUAGAAUGCAAUCGUGGAUUUUCAUCAAUAUGUUUAGAUUGGACGGAGAUUUGUAAUGGACGAAUUGAUUGUUUUGAUACAAGAAUUGAUGAACAAGAUUGUUGGCAACUUGAAAUUAAUGAAUGUAAUGAAAAUGAAUAUCGUUGUACUAAUGGACAAUGUAUACCAUUAUCAUUUUUUCGAGAUGAUCUAUAUCUUCCUGAUUGUCUUGAUCGUUCAGAUGAAUAUCUUGCUGGUGCUUUUAAUGAAUAUAAUGGAUGUAAUCGAGCAAUACCAUCAUUUGCAUGUGAAGAUUCCAGAUGUCAACGUUCUACAUGGAUAAGUUCUUGUUGGUCACAACGUGAUACAAUUACAAUGAAAAAUAUGCUUUCUGAAAAAGAUGAGUUGACAUCUGAUCGAUGUUGGAAUGCAUUUUUAUGCGAUGCUAUUGCAUUACAUAAACCAUCUCGUGUAAUUAAUUGUGCUGAUUCUUGUGAAAACGAAUCAUGUAAAGAAAUUAUUGAAUUCGAUUGUCCAGAUAUGAUUUUAUUGUCUAAUAUUCCUAUUUUAUUUGGUGAUAUUUAUUUCCUAUAUGAAAAAUACAAAUCAACUGUGAAAGAUUCAGAUAUAUAUAAAUAUCCUUACUUAUGUUAUAAUAAUUCUCUUUAUGAUCGAUAUUUUCAAAAACUUUCAAAACAAUUUGGUAAAUAUUCGAUUAUAAAAUUCAAUAAUCGAAUAUGUCAUCGUGUUAUUAUUCCCUUAAUUAUUAAACAAGCUCGUAUUAAUUCAGUAACUCGAGUAUAUAUUACAAUGCAACUACGUAAUAAUCUUUGGCAAUAUCAACAAAUAUAUAAUUACAAUUCAUUCAUUUGUAAAAGAUCAAAUAUGUAUCAAUGUAUUAAUUCAUCAAAGUGUAUUUCAAUCUAUCGUCUUAAAAAUAGUAUAGUUGAUUGUCCUGAUAGUGAUGAUGAAGAUGAUAUUUCACUUAAUCGUACUGCUUUUUCAUCAGGAACUAUGGGAAAAUCUGAUUAUUUAAUCAAAAUAGAACAUGCAAAAAGACAUGUUUCAUUUCAAACAAUUUGUGAUGGAUUUACUGAAUUAUUACCUAUUCAAAUCAAUGGACAAGAUCAUACAGAUGAAACUGAAUGUGAACAUUGGGCAUGUGAUAAUAUUUAUACUCAUUGUAAUAAUUUAAUGAAUUGUCCAAAUGGUGCUGAUGAAACAAAUUGUCAUCUACCAUCACCAUUUAAUUGUUCAUCCAAUGAAUUUCCAUGUGUUUCACCUAUUACAAAUCAAUUUAUGUGUAUAUCAACUAAACAAGUCAAUGAUGGUACAGUGGAUUGUCUUGGAGCUACUGAUGAACCAAGAUUAUGUCGAACAGAUUAUGAUUCAGUUUCUUAUGAUAACAACUUUUAUUGUGAAAAUCCAAAUUCUCAAUCAUGUCUUACAAAUUCUGUGUUAUGUAAUUAUGAAACAAAUUGUUUUCAUGGUGAAGAUGAACAAUUUUGUACAACAAAUAUAAAAGAACCAGUUUUUUCAAUCUGUUCGACAGACAAUCGCGUCAAUGCAACUGUUAUUGAAAAAUUUUUAUGUAACCAAACGGAUAGAUAUUUAAAAGAACCUAUUAUUUAUUUUAAACUUAAUGAUCAAAUGAACAUAAGCGAUGAUAAAAUGAAAUCCUUUCAGAACAAAUAUUUACCUUCAAUUCAAAAAUUUAAUCCUUGUCAUCGUGGUAUUGCAAUGCAGCUUUGGUUAAAUAAAAAUACAACAAAAAUAAUAUGUUUUUGUCCAUCAAGUUAUUAUGGUUCACAAUGUCAAUAUCAAAAUGAAAGAAUAAGUUUAUCAAUUCGAUUUCAAGCAUCACCAAAUUCUUUACAAAUUUUAUUUGAAAUUCUUAUUUUAUUAAUUGAUGAUGAGAAUAUGAUUCAUUCAUAUGAACAAUUUACUUAUUUAUCAGUACGUGAUUGUGCAAUAAAACAUCAUAUUUCUUUAACUUAUGCAAAUCAACGAAAAAAUUCCAGUAAAAAUUAUCAAAUCCGUAUUGAUAUUUAUGAGAAAAGCUCCUUCAACUAUCGAGGAAGUUUUCUCUUUCCAAUAAAAUUUUCCUUUUUACCAGUAUGUCGUUUACCAGUUCUUAUUCAUAUACCAAAUACUGAUCGAAAUAUCGAAAGUUGUUCAAUGAAUCCAUGUCAAAAUGGUCUAUGUCGAAAAUAUCUUAAUAAUAAACAAGAAUUCUUUUGUCAAUGUUCUAAACAUUGGACUGGACAAUAUUGCACAAGAAAAUAUUUAUCAAAAUGUUCAAAUGAUUCUUUAUAUAUUGGUAUUUCAUCUAAUAAUCAAUCGAUAUGUAUUUGUUCAAUGAAUAAAUAUGGUUCACGAUGUUUUCUUAAAAAUAGAAUUUGUGAAAACUCCUCCUGUUUAAAUAAUGGUGAAUGUAUUCCGACAGAUAAACAUGAAUUUAUGAAGAAAAAGUUCAGUUGUAUUUGUCGAAAAGGUUUUAUUGGAGAAUAUUGUCAAACAAAUGAAACGAAAAUAAUCAUUUCAUUUAACAAAAAUAUUCUUUUACCAUCAUCAAUAUUCCUUCAUUUUAUUGAAAUUCGAAUGAAAGAUUAUCCAUUACGAUCAACAACAUUUCAAACAAUUUCUAUCCAAGAAAAAUUUCUUACUAUUUUUUGGUCAAGCAAAUUUCAUCUAAUAUUUGUUGAAUUUUAUCCACAUAAAUAUUAUUUAGUUUCAAAUAAUCGAUCAGAAGAAGUCACUGAACAUAAUCGUUGUUUACAUAUUAAUCAAUUAUUCAAUCAAAGUAUUAGUGAAUUAAAAUUUCUACGCCGGAUCAAAUAUUAUCAUUUAUUAUGUCAAUCAAAUGUUUUAUCUUGCUUUUAUGAUGAAAUUCAUCUUUGUAUAUGUUACGAUUUUAAUCAAAAACAUUUAGCAAAUUGUUUUGAUUUUGUUCAUAAUAUGACAUACGAUUGUUUUGGACAAAAUGAUUGUCAAAACAAUGGAAAAUGUUUUCAAGAUACAGAAAAUUGUCCGAAAAAAUUCAUUUGUUUUUGUACUUCAUGUUUUUAUGGAAAAUUAUGUCAAUUUACAACUACUGGAUUUAGUUUAACACUUGAUAAUAUUUUAGCAUAUCAUAUUCAAACAAAUGUUAAUAUAUUUCAUCAAUUAAAUAUUAUUCGAAUAAGUAUGAUAUUAAAUAUAAUUAUUGUUUUAAUUGGUUUAAUAAAUGGUAUUCUUUCAUUAAUAACAUUUAAAAAUAAAAUUAUACGUGAAGUUGGUUGUGGUUUAUAUUUAUUUUCUUCAUCAAUAACAACUUUAUUAAUUAUAAUUUUAUUUACUUUAAAAUUUUGGAUAUUUAUUUUAGCACAAAUUUAUCGAAUGAAUAAUCGAUUAUUUCUACAAAUUCAAUGUAGCUCAUUAGAUUUUUUACUUCGUAUUUGUCUUAAUAUGGAUCAAUGGUUAAAUGCAAGUGUUGCUUGUGAACGUGUUAUAACAAUAAAUAAAGGUACACGUUUUGAUAAAAAGAAAAGUAGACAAAUAGCAAAAUAUGUUCUUGUAAUUCUUUUAAUUUUCAAUAUUUUAACAUCGAUACAUGAUCCAAUUUAUAGACGUUUAAUUGAUGAAGAAAAGAAUGAUGAGAAUAAUGAAAAACGAAUAUGGUGUAUUGUUUCUUACUCAUCUCAUUUACACAUUUAUGAUAAUACAAUAAAUACUUUACAUCUUUUUCUCCCAUUUUUAAUUAAUUUAAUAUCAGCUAUAAUUCUUUUAGUAAUGAAAACACAUCAUCAAUCGAAUAUUCAAAAAGAACGAACAUUUAGAGAAAUCUUCAGAAAAAAUUAUCGCCAACAUCGACAUUUACUUUUAGCUCCUGUUGUUUUAGUUAUUCUUGCAUUACCACGUUUAAUUAUUUCUUUUACAUCAAAAUGUAUGAAAUCAAAUAACGAUUCAUGGUUAUUUCUUGCAGGAUAUUUUAUUUCGUUUACUCCACCAACACUUUCUUGUAUUAUAUUCAUAUUACCCUCAAAAUUUUAUAAGGAAGAAUUUCAUAAAUCUAUUAAUGAAUAUCGACGUACCAUACAGAGGCGUUUACAAUUUAAUUCAUAA